CCCUCCCCCCGGUUUCUCAUUCCUGCCACUAGCGCGCUCCGCGGCUCAUUCCGCGGCCGCCGCCAGCUGAGGGGAGCGUCGCGGGCCGAGGAGCAGAUGCCGCGGGGGCCGCUCACAGCCGCCGCCGACUUGUGAAUGGGACUCGGACUGGGGCUGACACCACUGCGCUCACCCAGUGCCAGGGACCGCCGGCCGGGAGGUCGCGUUCGCCCGCAAGGGCCCCAGAAAUCACUGUGCUUUUGGCUUUGUGGACCUGUGAAGACAUUCAUUUCUCUUGUUAUCUGUUGAAUGACCAAUCAGAUGGGUGGAGUAUGUUAUAGGAACUGGCAGCAAGUGUCCAAUGGGUGAAGAAGAAGCUGACUGGGGAAGUGGGCAGCCCUGACGUGAUGUCCUCAGCGAGUGAAGAUACUCCAUUCCAGAGGAGGUCUACUUGACACAUCUGGGAGGCCGCCGUCUGAAAGACUGCCACUCUGGUGGCGUAAGGAGUGAUAGCUGCAUUCUCCUGUGCCUACCACAUAACCAAAAAUGAAGGAGAACUACUGUUUACAAGCUGCCCUGGUGUGCCUGAGCAUGCUAUACCACAGCCAGGCGUUGGCCCUGGAGCGACGAAACCACCUGCGGCCCCCAUUCCAUGGACACCAUGAGAAGGGCAAAGAGGGCCAGGUGCUGCAGCGCUCCAAGAGAGGCUGGGUCUGGAACCAGUUCUUUGUGAUAGAAGAGUACACUGGGCCGGACCCUGUGCUUGUGGGCAGGCUUCAUUCUGAUAUUGACUCUGGUGAUGGGAACAUUAAAUACAUUCUCUCAGGUGAAGGAGCCGGAACCAUUUUUGUGAUUGAUGACAAAUCAGGGAACAUUCAUGCCACGAAGACACUGGACCGAGAAGAGCGAGCCCAGUACACACUGAUGGCUCAGGCGGUGGACAGGGACACCAACAGGCCACUGGAACCACCAUCAGAAUUUAUUGUCAAGGUCCAGGACAUUAAUGACAACCCUCCGGAGUUUCUGCAUGAAACCUAUCAUGCCAAUGUGCCUGAGAGGUCCAAUGUAGGAACAUCAGUAAUCCAAGUCACAGCCUCCGAUGCAGACGACCCCACUUACGGAAAUAGUGCCAAGUUAGUGUACAGUAUUCUUGAAGGACAACCCUACUUCUCAGUGGAGGCCCAGACAGGUAUCAUCAGAACAGCCCUUCCCAAUAUGGACAGAGAAGCCAAGGAGGAGUACCAUGUGGUGAUCCAGGCCAAGGACAUGGGUGGACACAUGGGCGGGCUCUCAGGGACAACCAAAGUGACGAUCACUCUGACUGAUGUCAAUGACAACCCACCAAAGUUUCCACAGAGCGUGUACCAGAUGUCUAUUUCAGAAGCAGCUGUCCCGGGGGAGGAAGUAGGGAGAGUGAAGGCUAAAGAUCCAGACAUUGGAGAAAAUGGCUUAGUCACGUACAAUAUUGUUGAUGGAGACGGCGCAGAACUGUUUGAAAUCACAACGGACUAUGAGACACAGGAAGGUGUGGUGAAGCUGAAAAAGCCUGUAGAUUUUGAAACCAAAAGAGCAUAUAGCUUGAAGGUAGAGGCCGCCAAUGUACAUAUUGAUCCGAAGUUCAUCAGCAAUGGACCUUUCAAGGACACUGUGACGGUCAAGAUUGCAGUAGAAGAUGCUGAUGAGCCUCCUAUGUUCUUGGCCCCAAGUUAUAUCCAUGAAGUCCAAGAAAAUGCAGCUGCUGGCACUGUGGUUGGGAGAGUACAUGCCAAAGACCCGGAUGCUGCCAACAGUCCAAUAAGGUAUUCAAUUGAUCGUCAUACUGACCUCGACAGGUUUUUCACCAUUAAUCCAGAGGAUGGUUUUAUUAAAACCACAAAACCUCUAGAUAGAGAGGAAACUGCCUGGCUCAACAUCUCUGUCUUUGCAGCAGAAAUUCACAACAGACAUCAGGAAGCCAAAGUCCCAGUGGCCAUCCGGAUCCUAGAUGUCAAUGACAAUGCUCCUAAAUUUGCUGACCAUUAUGAAGGCUUUAUCUGUGAGAGUGAUCAAACCAAGCCACUCUCCAACCAACCAAUAGUCACAGUUAGUGCGGAUGACCAGGACGACACAGCCAACGGACCAAGAUUCAUCUUCAGUCUACCCCCUGAGAUCAUUCACAACCCAAAUUUCACAGUCAGAGACAACAGAGAUAAUACUGCAGGGGUAUAUGCCCGACGUGGAGGGUUCAGUCGACAGAAGCAGGACUUCUACCUCCUGCCCAUCGUGAUCAGCGAUGGUGGCAUCCCACCCAUGAGUAGCACCAAUACCCUCACCAUCAAGGUCUGUGGGUGUGACGUGAAUGGGGCACUGCUGUCCUGUAAUGCUGAGGCCUACAUCCUGAAUGCUGGCCUGAGCACUGGUGCCCUCAUCGCCAUCCUUGCCUGCAUUGUCAUUCUUCUGGUUAUUGUUGUAUUAUUUGUGACUCUGAGAAGGCAAAAGAAAGAACCACUCAUUGUGUUUGAGGAAGAGGAUGUCCGUGAGAACAUCAUAACUUAUGACGAUGAAGGGGGUGGUGAGGAAGACACGGAAGCCUUUGAUAUUGCCACCUUGCAGAAUCCUGAUGGUAUCAAUGGAUUUAUUCCUCGCAAAGACAUCAAACCUGAGUAUCAGUAUAUGCCUAGACCUGGGUUGCGACCGGCACCCAACAGUGUGGAUGUAGAUGACUUCAUCAACACAAGAAUACAAGAGGCAGAUAAUGACCCCACAGCCCCUCCCUAUGACUCCAUCCAAAUCUAUGGUUAUGAGGGCAGGGGUUCUGUGGCUGGAUCCCUGAGCUCCUUAGAGUCUGCCACUACAGAUUCAGACCUGGACUACGACUAUCUACAGAACUGGGGACCUCGCUUUAAGAAACUAGCAGACUUGUAUGGCUCCAAAGACACUUUUGAUGAUGACUCUUAACAAUAAUGAUACAAAUUUGGCCUUAAGAACUGUGUCUGGCGUUCUCAAGAAUCUAGAAGAUGUGUAAACAGGUAUUUUUUUAAAACAAAGAAAGGCUCAUUUAAAACAAGCAGAGUUUUACAGAGAGGAAACAUUUAAUAAAACUGCAAGGACAUCAAAGUGGUAAAUACUGUGAAGUACCUUUUCCCACUAAAAAAGCAAAUAUUGAAGUUGUUUCUCAGCUUCAUUAGAGAAAAACCACUUGGCACACACAAUAUUUAAAUGAAGGAAAAGUCUACGGUGAACUUACAAUGAAGGGAAAUCGUCUAUGUGUUCUGAACAUCUAAGUCUCUCUUAUUUUAUUUUUUAAUUUGUCAAAGAAGCUUCCACAAAAUUAGAAAGGACAACAGUUCUGAGCUGUAAUUUCGCCUUAAACUAUGGACACUCUAUCUGUAGUGCACUUUUAAACUUGAAAUAUAUAAUAUCCAGCCAGCUUAAACCCAUACAAUGUAUGUACAAUACAAUGUACAAUUAUGUCUCUUGAGCAUCAAUCUUGUUACUGCUGAUUCUUGUAAAUCUUUUUGCUUCUACUUUCAUUCUAAACUAAUACGUGCCAGAUAUAACUGUCUUGUUUCAGUGAGGAGCGCCCUAUUUCUAUGUCAUUUUUAAUGUAUCUAUUUGUACAAUUUUAAAGUUCUUAUUUUAGUAUACAUACAAAUAUCAGUAUUCUGACAUGUACGGAAAUGUUACAGCAUCACACUUAUAUUUUAUGAACAUUGUACUGUUGCUUUAAUAUGAGCUUCAAUAUAAGAAGCAACCUUUGAAAUAAAAAAAAAGAUUCUUUUUUAAUUCUGGGUUUGAUUCUUAACAUUGAAAAAAAGGGU